AUGGCCGAUUUACUAACGCCGGGUUUUGCGAAAGCCCCCCGGCACGAUAGUAGAGACACACCUCGUAGCGGAAGUGAGGACCUCGGCAUUUUCGACGAUGCUAGAACUUACUACUCCUCCGAUGCUCGCCAUGGAAAUAGAUUCCACAAUAGGAACCGCACAUAUUCCCAAAAUGGCAUAGUUCAGGAAAUAGGUCGCAUGGGACUGCACGAACCUCAUAGACGGGGUAGUCAUGAUGAAUCUAGUCGUCCGCACAAUCGCCAAUUCCUCGUCGACGUCGAACAUACGUUAGAAAGCUUGCAGGCUCAAGAAGAUACAGAUGGCAACAUGCAAAUUACCAUUGAGGAUGCUGGUCCUAAGGUAAUGGCCCUACGAACUGCCGCAUCCGGUGGGCACAAUCGAUUUGAUAUCAGAGGGACAUAUAUGCUUUCUAAUCUGCUGCAAGAGUUGUAUAUGGCUAAGGAGUUUGGGCGGAAACGUAUCAUCCUUGAUAUUGGUCGACUCAAUGAGAAUCCAGUUAGCAGGUUAUCUAGACUCAUCAAGAAUCAAUUUUGGGAGGGCCUAACCCGUCGUAUCGAUGCCUCAAGCAUCGAAAUUGCAGCAAAAGAUCCUAAGGACUGGACGAGCGACCCUCGCCCUCGUAUCUAUGUUCCCCCAGGUGCUCCCGAACAGUAUGAGUACUACCAAAAGCUUGCUCGGGAACGGCCAGAAAUUCGACUAGAUGUUCUGUACUUGCCUGAGAAGAUCACACCCGAAGUGCUGCGAGAUAUGAAUGCGAAGCCCGGACUCCUUGCUGUUGCUAUGGAAGAAGUUAUUGACCCAAAGACUGGAGAAAAGGAUUUGCGUGGGCUUCCGUUUGUAGUUCCUGGAGGGAGGUUCAACGAAUUGUACGGAUGGGAUAGUUAUAUGGAAUCCCUUGGACUCCUAGUCAGCGACAAAGUACACCUAGCCAAAGCGAUGGUCCAAAAUUUCUGCUUCUGCAUUAGACACUACGGCAAAAUCCUCAAUGCGACUAGGUCCUAUUACCUAUUGCGAUCACAGCCACCCUUUCUAACAGACAUGGCGCUUCGAGUAUACGAGAAGAUUCAGCACGAGCCUGGAGCAGUUGAUUUUCUUCGGACGGCCAUCCUCGCUGCAAUCAAAGAAUACUAUUGCGUAUGGACGGCAGAGCCGCGAUUGGAUACCAAGUCGGGCUUGUCAAGGUACCGACCAGAAGGGCUAGGUGUGCCGCCAGAGACGGAAGCCUCCCACUUUGUUCAUAUUCUGGAGCCGUACGCCGAAAAACACGAUAUGAGCUUCCAAAAGUUUGUGAAGGCGUAUAACUAUGGCGAGGUGCACGAGCCAGAAUUGGACGAGUACUUCCUUCAUGAUCGAGCAGUGCGGGAGUCUGGCCACGAUACUUCGUACAGACUGGAAAAGGUGUGCGCCAACCUCGCAACGAUCGAUCUCAACUCGUUGAUUUACAAGUAUGAAAUGGACAUAGCUCGCACUAUCCGCAAUGUGUUUGGUGAUAAGUUGGAAAUACCGGAGGAGUGGUGCGCUGGAACAAUGGUGCCUGGUCAAAUCGAGACCUCGGCUAUCUGGGACCGUCGCUGGAAGAGGCGACGAGCAGCAAUUCAUAAGUAUUGCUGGAAUGAAGAGGAGGGCAUGUAUUUCGAUUACGACACGGUUAAGCAAGAGCAAUGUACUUACGAGUCCUGCACAACCUUCUGGCCGCUCUGGGCUGGAGUACCAGACCCUGAGAGAGCCGCCAAGGUAGUCAAGUGUGCCGUGCCGAAAUUUGAAGCAUAUGGCGGUCUCCUAUCUGGAACUGAGAAGUCACGUGGCGCUGUCAGUCUAGAGCGACCGAAUCGACAGUGGGACUACCCUUACGGGUGGGCACCUCAACAGAUGCUGGCCUGGACGGGUCUAUAUCGCUACGGAUAUGCGGACCUUGCUCAGAAGCUGGCGUACAAGUGGCUAUUCAUGGUCACGAAAGCGUUUUUUGACUUCAAUGGUGUUGUUGUAGAGAAGUACGAUGUCACGCGGCCCGUCGACCCUCAUCGAGUAGAUGCCGAGUACGGAAACCAAGGACUCGACUUUAAAGGUGUCGCUAAAGAAGGGUUCGGCUGGGUUAAUGCCAGCUACGUAUACGGCCUCCAGUUCAUCAACACGGAGAUGAAGAGAGCCCUUGGCACGCUUACACCGUACGAGACGUACGAAAAAGCCCAGCAACUGAAGGAAGAGAAAUUACUCAGGGAAUUGAAAUAA